UGGAUAAUCAAAUUCUCUCUCUUCCUGUAAUUCUCUUGGGCGACCUUGUUUUCCUAUUUGUGCUGCUAAGAAUAUGCAGCAAAUUGAAAAACAAGAAGUCAAAUUCAGUGGCCCCUCCCUCUCCACGGAAGCUACCCCUGAUAGGAAACUUGCACCAAAUGAUUUGCUCUUUGCCUCAUCGUCGGUUAAGAGACUUGGCCAACAAAUAUGGACCUCUUAUGCACCUUCAGCUCGGUGAAGUCUCAACCAUAGUCAUUUCUGCUCCAGAAUUUGCCAAAGAAGUAAUGAAAACCCAUGACAUUAUUUUUGCUUCAAGACCUUAUGUCCUUGCAGCAGAGAUCCUGCUAUAUAAUUUCAGCGAUAUUGGUUUUGCACCAUAUGGAGAAUACUGGAGACAGAUGCGUAAAAUAUGCACAAUGGAACUCUUCAGUGGAAAAAGGGUCCAAGCAAUGCGAUGGAUCAGAGACGAAGAGGUAUCGGAGCUUGUUAAAUCCAUUUCUUCAAAGUCAAGGUCAGAAAUCAACCUCACCGAGAUGUUAAUCUGUUCAACAUAUUUGAUCACUUCAAUGGCAACAUUUGGUGGGAGUUACAAGAGGCACGAAAAAUUUGUACCACUUGUAAAACAAAUAGCAGAGGUUUUAGGAGGUUUCAGUUUGGCUGAUGUGUUCCCUUCCAUAAAAUUCUUUCGUACGAUCGUUCUGAUGAAGACUCAACUUGAGAGAAUGCAUCACGAAGUUGAUGAGAUACUUGAAAGCCUUAUCAUUGAAAAAAAAGGCAACAAGUCUAGAAUCGAUUCCAAUGGGGAGGUCGUCAAAGAUUUGAUCGACGUUCUUUUAAAUCUUCAAGAACAUGGAGAAUUUCAGUUUCCCUUAACAACAGAGAACAUCAAAGGAAUUAUACUGGACAUUUUCAUUGCUGGGAGCGAAACGUCUUCUUCGACAGUAGAAUGGACAAUGUCAGAGUUGCUAAAAAAUCCGAGAGUAAUGGCAAAGGCUCAAGCGGAGGUGAGGCAGGUCUUUGAUAGAAAAGGAUGUGUAGACGAAGCAAGAAUCGAAGAGCUAGAAUUCAUGAAACUAGUUAUCAAAGAAACUCUAAGGUUACACCCUCCCCUUCCCUUGAUACUUCCGAGAGAAUGCAGAGAGAAGUGUCAGAUUCUUGGUUAUGACAUACCUGUCAAAACACAAAUCAUCAUUAAUGCAUUUGCUAUUGGAAGAGAUCCUAGGUACUGGAUUGAUGCCGAGAAGUUCUCUCCUGAGAGAUUCGUUAAUAGUUCGAUUGAUUUUAAGGGAAAUAACUUUGAAUUUAUCCCAUUUGGUUCUGGAAGGAGGAUGUGCCCUGGCAUAUCAUUCGGACUAGCAAACGUUGAGCUUACGCUUGCAAAUUUACUCUACCAUUUUGACUGGAAGCUCCCUAACAACAUCAAACCACAAGAACUAGACAUGACGGAGCGUUUUGGUAUCGAAGUUCGAAGAAAAAAUGAUCUUUAUUUAAUCCCCAUCCCUUACCAAGCUACACAUGUUGAGUAAAAACAAAAGGAAUUACGUUUUAUCCAGAAUAAAUUCUCACUUGUGGUUUAUCAUUUCCCACGUACGCAUUGAAUCGUGUGCUUUCUAUCUCUGUUGUUGUUUUUCCAGCGCUUACUGUGGCCAUGGAAUAUGUAUCUUGUACUAAUUACUUUGUUCUACAAUUCCUGUUAAUUGUUCAUUAACUCUGUUA